AUGACUGUCAUAGCAACUCUUUUCGUUAUAUGUACAGUAUUAACAUGCUGCUACUUUGCAUGCCUGUCCAAAAAAAAUUCUAUAUCCGAAGCAAAAUUGGUCGUAACUCGAGAACUGGAGAAAGAGAAGAAGUUGCUGGAAGACAUCAUUGAGGUCAAGAAAGCUGAGGAACAACGAAUACAAUUUGAAACUAUUAAAAAGGAAAUUGAAAUGAAGAAGGAACAGAUGCUGGAGGAGGAGAACGAAUUUAAGAUGCACGAACUUGAAAAUGAAUUGGUCAAGGCUAUCGAAAGGCGAAGAAUCGAGAAAGAUUACCAAAGAAGAGAAGCAAAAAGAAAAAUAAGAUUGAAAGAAGAAGAACUCAAAGAUCUCAUAUUGCAAAAAAAACUUGAGAAAAGGAACGAGGAAAGAAAGCAGAGAAAUGAAAGAAAGAGAAGAGAUAGCGAAAGAAAAAUUCUAAAAGAUUUUGUAAAAGCAGAAAAGUCAGGAAUAAAUCCAAAAAAUUUUGACAAAUAUAUUGUUAAAUUUGACUCUGUUAAAAAAAGUUUGUCUAAAAACCAAUCUUCGACACAAACGAAACCAAAAUCAAUUGAAACUGUAAUAUCAGUAAACAAUUUAACAUGA